AUGGUCAGUCGUUAUAGAUGCCCUUUUAAGAAUCUACUGAUUCUGGAUUUUAACACCACUUGCGAGGAAAAUAACUAUGUUUACCCCACUGAAAUCAUCCAGAUGAGUGUUUCAGUUCUGAACAUCAGAGAUAAAUUAAUCAGAGAAGAUCAGACUUUUAACCGAUUCGUUUGUCCGGUGAUCAAUCCAGUGCUUUCCGAAUAUUGUGCCCGAAAGACAGGCAUUGAUCAAAAUUCGAUCAACACCGCGGAUACGUUUCCAGUGGUCUACGACCAAUUCGUUGCAUGGCUCCGAGAGCAUAACUUCCAACCUUCGUGUGCGAGGAUCAUCAAACCAUUUGGCUUAUUGCGCAGUACCAGUUUUUGUUGCUUGAUCAGUCGAUGCCAGCUAUUUUCCGUCAAUGGAAUAACAUUACGAGUGUUUUCCAUAUCCUUCUUCCCGAAAGAAAUUAUGAUAACCUUCCUGGAGAGGUUAACUUUCGUCGACAAGGCAUCCAACUAUUACAACAUUGAGAUCAUUGGAAAUGCCCACAACGCUGUGGACAAAUCUACUUUCCUGGCUAAAAUCACCAAGCAAAUUCUCGACGACAACAACUUGAUCACUGUGACCCGUUCUCUCAGAUGCAACGUUACCAGUCGCAGAGUUCCGUUAAACGUCGAUCCAAAUUGGAUAACCACGUUCCAAUCGGCGAUGCUUGUUUUCGGAAGAAUGUUGCCUCUCGUACCGGCUGUCGUUUAUAGAUACUUCACGGAUGACGACUAUGCCAAGUGUCAGUACUGCAAGAAUUAUGCAGAUGGUUGCACUGGCUUGGUCCACAAACAAUAUCCCCAUGACGUGUAUCAGCAGCUCGUGGAACCUAGUGUUUUUGCCACCGCUGCUAAACUCGAUGUCGAUUUCGACGUCGAUGACGAAGACGAGGAUCAAACCAUUUUUGAUAUUCAUCAUAACUCGUCAUCGUUCCUGAAAGAGUAUUUGAAAAUUGUAGUCGUCUUCUCGUCAUUAGUACUUCUUUGGUUUGUUAUUUCUACGUCAUCUUGGUUUGUUGGUGUUGGAAGAAUCCCACAUUCUGUCAAAACAGAUGUGUGGUCAAUGGGAUGCAUGCUUAUGCAAAUGUAUAUCGGAGAAGAACCUUUCGUGUUCCAAAGUGGAAAUUCGACAUUGGAGGAGGAACAGAGUCAAUUUAAGGAUAUCAUCUACACUCUCCAAACCACUGUCCCAGAAGAGCUUCUGGAACAGUCAAAGCGGGGAGGAAAGUGCCACCUCGACCUCACCUUCCUUGAAUAUUUCGAACAAGAAGAGGAGCAAGGCAUUCGGAAAAAAAUGCGUCAACAGAAGAUCUUCAACUGUUUCUACUACUCGAUCUCAUGUUCACUGUUGACCCAUCCAAUCGCCCAUCAUUUUUCGAAGUGA